AUGGUGUUGAAGGUGAUGUGUGGACAUCACAACCAUGAGUUGGCUGAAACUUUAGUUGGACAUCCUUAUGCUGGCAGGUUAAAUAUGAGUGAGCAGUCAUUACUUGUUGAUAUGACAAAGAGUAAAGUUACACCUGAAAAUAUUUUAUUAACCCUCAAACAAAAUCAUGAUCGAAAUGUCACAACGAUUAAACAAAUCUACAAUGCAAGGCAAGCGUAUAAACGAUCAUUGAGAGGGUCCAGAACUGAACUACAACAACUUAUGAUGUUGUUGGACCGGGAUAAGUACAUUCAUUGGAGUAGGUGUGCCGACGAUUUAGAGGUUGUUACUGACCUAUUUUGGACACAUCCUAAAGCGGUGAAAUUGUUAAACUCAUUUAAUGUUGUAUUUUUGAUGGAUUUCACAUAUAAAACAAACAGAUAUAGACUUCCAUUGCUUGAGAUUGUGGGCGUGACGUCUACAGGGUUAAACUUCUCUUCAACAUUUGCUUUCUUGUCUACUAAACGAAAGAUUAAUUUCACAUGGGUUUUGGAAAAGCUGAAAGGUUUAUUUUUAACAUCUAAGGGUGGUCCUAAAGUCAUUGUGACUGACCGAGACUUGGCUUUGAUGAAUGUCAUUGCAAAUGUAUUUCCUGAGUCAUAUCAGAUGCUUGAGUCUGGUCAUUGGAGUCUGAAGAAAGUUCUGGGCAAUAGUAUGGAUGAUUUGUGUUCUUGUUGGGAUAGUAUUCAUAACGUCGUUAUCCUACAACACAACAAGAUUAAGGCGUCAUUUGAAAGAAGUCUAUUGCUCACGAGUGACCCUUUUAAAGGAUACAUAUAUAAAAAACUUAUUGGGUGUGUCUCUCGAUAUGCAUUGGAUCUCAUUGUUAAGGAAUUGGAAAGAGUGCAGCAGAUAGGAUUGGACUCAUCAAAGUGUGGAUGCGUAUUGAGACGUACAUUUGGUGUCCCCUAUGCAUGUGAAUUAGCACGCUAUGAUGUUGGAUUGAUCCCUCUGGGUGAAUUUCAUAUCAUGUGGCGAAGAUUGCAUUUCUCAAAUGUUGAAUUAAAUGAAACCGAGCUCGAGUUAUCCAUUAAAGAUGAGUUGAAACAAGUAGAAGAACGAUUCAAUGAGGUUGACAUUGGAGGUAAAGUCAUCAUCAAGCAGAAUUUACUUGAAAUUACUUGUCCUACAUUGACAUCAAUGGUCCCUCCAUUACAUAAAGUCAAGACAAAGGGUGCCCAAAAAAGUAAAGUUCAACGAAGAGAAAGGUCUACUACGCGGGAUCCAUCAUAUUUUGAGUAUGUCGAUGCCUUUCAUUCAACCAUAGAAUCUUCAACUGUGAAAAGUAAAUUACAAUCAAAGCCAAAUGUAGUGAAGAAAAGAGAGUUCCAAUGA